GCCAACAGUAAACUUGAUGGCUGUGGUAGAAGCUCCAGAUAAGACUGUAGCCGUUCUGAACAAGACAGUCGCCAAGAAGGGACCUCCUAAGAAAGUUUUAGAAGAAGACGAGUAUGUUGAGGCAUUAAGUACAAUCAUACAACGCGAUUUUUUCCCUGAUCUUCGAAAACUGCAAGCACAAAGCGAAUAUCUGGACGCUGUGGAACAUCAUGACGUGGACAAAAUGCGAGAAAUAUCAGAGCGUUACGCGUCUACACGUAGAACUCCAGGGCCUCAAACUCCAGGAGCGUUUUCAGAAACACCAGGAACUCAACCCAAUCCGUCUGAUCACAGACGUGGCUGGGAAGGAAAUGACACUCCAUUGAACAGACCAACUACAGCUGGUGGUAGGAAUGAUUCUGUACAUACACAUGAUCCAACAGUGAGUAAGAAAACAGGGAAAAAAUUAUCUCUUGAUCAGUUUUUAAACCUUAACACAAGCGAGGAUAAUGCCUCUUUUAGUGAUUUGAUGGAGGAAACAACUAAGAAGCAUAUAGAAAAGCACGGCUGGUUGUAUGAAAAGGAAGGUGAAAUGAGUCAGAGUAAUGAUAAAGCAUUGGCAAUUACACAGGGUGAGGUGGCAGCAAACAAAGGCGAAGCAGAGUCUCGUGUGUUUGAAUGCAAUACUUGGAAAUACACAAACAAGAAUGCUUUGAUGUAUAUUCCUGAAGGAGUGGCUGAUACAGUUGAAGAAAGCAUAGAAAAGAAAAAACGGCAAGUUGAAGUCGUUCAUGCCAACACGAGAUUAUCAUCAGAAGAACUGGCAAAGUUACAAGACGACUCGGCUAUUGCAUCAGCUGCUGAAAGCAGAGAAACUAUAGAAAGGUUUGGAAUCGAUGGAAAGACAGAAAGUCAGGGCGCGCCUCAAGUGCGAGGUUACAGUUUCAUGGCAACACCAUCUCCUGCUCCUAGAGUUGAUGCCUCACCAAUGAUGACAUGGGGAGAGAUUGAAGGUACACCAUUUCGUUUGGAUGGUGGGGAUGCUCCUAUCGAUACAACUCCUGGUCCAGUCUUCAAAGUUCCUGCUGCUCCACCAAGGGAGGAGUUAGGUAUUAGAUUGUCAGAGGAAGUGCAUAAGAAGCACCGAGCGAAGAAGAGGAAAGUGAUGGAAGCUGCAGCUGCUGCGUCAGCAAUUAGGACUCCUAAAUAUUCAUGCCUUGCAUCAAGUGAAAGGCUCGGUACUUUAUCUCCUGCUGCUCGGCGUUUAGUGAGUAAGAGCUCAGCUGUUGGGCAUUCAGACAGAGCUUUACAUGCAAGCUACUCACCAGUAGUGAGAUCUGGUGGCAGCAGAACUCCAGCUAGAAUUUUAGGUUCUCGCAGAGCUACUCCAGCCAUGUCACCUUCUACGAAAAUGAAAACACCUGGGAGUACAAGGCAGUCAUCAAUAACAGACAAUUUAUUAAAUCUUAAGUCAUGAAAAUGGUGUGUAACAGUAACAAUACAAACUACUAAUUUUGAAUAAUUAGUGAGCAUUAAGUAGCAGACAGUCUGCAGUGCUAAAAUAUAUCUACUCAAAAUUUGUUCUAUUCAAAAUAUAAACAAAGCCUGA